GGCAUGGGGGGUGGGGGGGCUGAGAGAGGAAGUACAACAGCAAUGCCCGACAUUUCUUACAAUGCCCCUGGCGUAAGAUUGCAUCUAUAUCCCCGGAAAGCCGAGCGCUGCUGUAAAUAACAGUCGGCCGUGGGCAGCUGCUUCUGUUCGUCAGCCCCCCGGCGAGCUCCUCAGUGCUCCACCAGCACCGUGCCGUCCUCCACUGGGGAGUUCUCCCUGGACUCUCCCUUGAAAGGGAAAUCUCUGAGACGAGGCAGCCCGCAGCAUCACCACCAAGCGAGCCGCAGCCCAGCAGGCCCCAUCAGGAGGAGCUGUGAGCUGUGAUGGGUGAUUGGAGUCUCCUGGGAAACUUCCUUGAAGAAGUACAGGAGCACUCGACGUCUGUAGGCAAAGUGUGGCUGACCGUCCUCUUCAUCUUCCGCAUCCUGGUGCUGGGCACAGCGGCCGAGUCCUCCUGGGGUGAUGAGCAGUCCGACUUCAUGUGCGACUCGGAGCAGCCUGGCUGCGUCAACGUGUGCUACGACGCCGCCUUCCCCAUCGCCCACAUCCGCUUCUGGGUGCUGCAGAUUGUUUUUGUUUCAACCCCCUCCCUCAUCUACAUGGGACAUGCCAUGCACACGGUGCGCAUGGAGGAGAAGCGGCGGCAGCAGGAGGAGGAAGACCGCGGCGGGGGCGGCGGGAGCGGGGACAAGGUGUAUCCCGAGGAGAAGGAGUCCGGGAAGGGGGAGGGAAUGGCAAAAAUUCACCUGAAGGGGGCCCUGCUCAAGACCUACGUCUUGAGCAUUCUGAUCCGGACAGUCAUGGAGGUGACGUUUAUAGUGGGACAAUACAUGAUCUAUGGCAUUUUCCUGAACGCCCUCUAUAAAUGUGACACAUGGCCCUGCCCCAAUCCAGUAAACUGCUACAUGUCACGGCCGACAGAGAAGAACAUAUUCAUUGCCUUCAUGCUGGUGGUGGCGAGCGUCUCGCUCUUCCUCAGCGUGGUGGAGCUGUACCAUCUGGCAUGGAAGCAGUCCAAGCGGUGCCUCAGGGCCUGUGCCACCUCCAGGACCCUCAACCGCCAGCCCAGCGCCAUAGUGACCAUGGCCCCUGAACCCGAAGGCCCGGCCCAUCCGUCCAUCCCUUGCACUCCUCCGCCGGACUUCAACCAGUGCCUAGUGGCAGCUAGGCCACACGCUACCAGCUGCCAAAUAUUCAAUGAUAGGAUGGCUCACCAGCAGAACUCAGCCAACCUGGCCACCGAGCGUCACCAAAGCCACGACAACCUGGAGGUAGAGGACUUCUUGCGGAUGAACUAUUCGCAGGGCGGCGAGGUGUCCAAUGGCUGCGGCCCUCCCGAGCUGCUUUCCCACAGCUUCUUUAAGGACAAACGUCGCUCCAGCAAGACCAGCGGCUGCAGCAGCCGGGCGCGGAAUGAUGACCUGGCUGUGUAGAUCCAUGGACAAUAGGCCUUGAGUGGCACUGACCCAUAGAUACACCCAGACACUGUACAAUCCCGACGACUGUGAGUGAGUGCAUCUCUGACUGGAGACCAUGUGGACAAGAGGAACACAAAUGUUGUAAAAGUCUGUUUGAACGUGAUGAGUGAUUCAAGAACUGCUGGCCCUCUGACUAUCGUUCAACACGCUGAAACCUUGAAACAUCGGAUGCAUGCAUACCACAUUUUAAUCACAUGAAUUGUAGGAUGAUAAGAUUUAUCUACAAACAUAGAAUCAGCAUCUAUAAAAUUAAAGUCAGAACUGCAGUCAGCACCUGUUUGCACAUUUCGAACUUAAAAUCUUAGGCAGAAAAAAAAACAAUUUCCCAAUACAGUGCUAUGUCUCGUCAUGAAAGGCAUAUGUUCUAUCUAAUGAAAUACUAUGAUUGACCAUUGUUAUGAAUACAGGGGUAUGUGACCAAAAGACGGAAUGAAUGAGAUUGCAGAAAGGGCUAUUCUCUAUAUUCUAAAGUUUGUUGCCAUCACUUGAAACUGAUGUGAAAUAGAGUAUAUAAACCCAUUUUUGCAUAUAAAUCUCUUUGUGUAUGAAAAUGUCACUUUAUGUAUACCUGCUGUACUGGUUUUCAUUUCAUGUAUAUCAUUUUUCCAAAUUACUGUGAAUUUCUCCUUUUUUAAACUGUAAUUUGAUUUUGUCAGGUUAUUUUAAUACAAAGCUUAUUUUGUUGAAUAAAAUCAUGCAAGAGAAUGUAUAAUUAAGCACAGCAUGUUAAGGACAAAUGGUUUAGAACAAGAUAAAGUUUAUUUUUAAAACAAAAAGAACCACUAAAAACUAUUGUAGUUUCAUUCAAAUUUAAAACAAUAUAGAAUAUUUUAAUAUUCAGUACUGUGUGAAAGUCUUAGACAGUCAAAGAAAAUGUGUAAAGCCAUUUAUCUGGGUAGUAAGUGCAUAUAUCUGCUCAGAAAGUAGCACGAUUUACCAUUAGAACAUAUACAAAUUAACAGUAAGAUAAUAAAAACUAACAUAAUGUAUUCUGCAAAACACUGCUGAUAUCUUGUUGGAGGACUAGAACACUGCGUUGGUUCCCAAAUCUGUCAUCAGUGGCACGUCAGCAAUUUCAUGUAUUUGUUUUAUUACACCAAUAGCUCAACUGAUUAAUUUAAUUAUUUAAAUAACUUCAUGAGGUAUCGAUUAGCCAAAUAUGGUAUGCUAGUCAGUACGUUUACAUACACAGCUAAAUCGAGCUACAGUUCUAGGUCGACUACGCCAUUUAAUUGGACUACUGUCCUUGUUCCAGAAUACAUGCACAGGAGGAGAAUCGAUUUAUUGACCGAAUUAUGUCCGACUCCGUUACAAUAGGUGGCGAUAUGGCUCCAUUCAGUUUGUUAGUACUGGGGGUUGACCUAUUACGUCACAUGCGUAAAAAAAAUAUUAGUAAUGGGUGCGUGGAGUGAGGCAAGCUUUAAUUGCGAUCUGGUCGGAAGAACAGAUACAACAAAAUCUGGAUAACAUAACAGGAAAUAAUUUUGUAUAAUAUACCGUGACAUCAUGGAAAAGUUUCAAGUAUUGCAAUGUGAUUUUGUUGUAAUAUAUAUUGGGGUAUUUAUGAAACAAAAAAGGACUUUAACAAAUUUAUCAUGUAUCCGUCUAGCUUAAUCUAGCUGACUAUAGUGAUGUAAGAAUUGGAUGUACAUAGUGUGUGACGUUGGUAUUAAUAUCGCAUGAAAAACCAACAUAUUGAAGUACCGUACUUUUUGGUACUUUCUUGAAGUACCAAAAGUACGGCAUCUGGGCGGUGGAAAGGUGCCCUUUAGCUGAGCGGUGAAACUGGACAAAUUACGUCUCUGCUAUGCUCCUCUUCUGUUACUUCAGUGUCAAAUCCCGGGGGGCAUGCGCAGAACAUUUGGGCCAGUUUUGGUCUGAAUAUAAGCAGGUGUAAAUCGAUUUCACAUCGCUUUAUCUUGGUGUCUUAGUCCGACAUCGAAAAAUUCAAUCUAAUACGAUUUCAGUCGGACUAACAUGUUUACAUGAACUUGAAAGUCCGGUUUUAGUCGGACUAACACAAUAAUUCAGUUUUCUUAGUGUGCAUGUAAACGUACUGACUGAUCGAAUCAAAAGAUUCAUGGGCGUAUCGGAUGCUUGCCGCAAAUUCAGCGACUUUAGGAGAGGUUUUGAAACGAUUAAUCUGACACUUUGACAGACGUAAAAUCAUAGUUUUAAACCAACAUGAUCACGUAAACAUUUCAUUUGUUUGCACUAUAUGUUUGCAAGUAUUAACUAAAAAGGCAGCAAAGCAUUAAGUGAAUGUUCCUGCAAACGUGAAUGCUGUAUAUCAUGGGCGGACUCAUUUCUAUGGGGGCUCUGGGCUGACAUGGGUAGAAGUCCCCUAAGUGGGUCAUAUAAGUUAUUUUUGGAGCCGAAAGACAAAUAUGAUCAUCGUAAUCAAAGCCUGGGGUGCCAGCGAUAAAACUUAUUGAUCAGGGUGGGCAGGAGUGCUGCAGGUAAAAUUCACCAAUCGGGGGGUAUGUGGUGGCUAAGACGAUGAUCACUUAAAAUGAAUACCCAGGGAAACUACAUAAUACAUUUGACCAAUCAGACUUAAGAAAAUGAAAGGUAUGCCGAAUUAUGACAAUUGUAUAAGACGGCCUGCAAACAUGUACUGAACCAUUUGGAAAUUUAUGUUAAACAAUGAGAAAUUAAGUUCUUGUUGGUUGACAAAUGUUAAUGUCAUUUGAGAAAUGUGUCAAAGCAUUCGUGAGAAACUGAAAGAUCAAAGAGUUAUGCGGUGGCUUUCUCAUUACCACUAGAUGGAGACAUUUUCUUGAAAUAUUUAGACUGGUUACCAUGACCGACUUUACGUUUCCAUAAGUUUAAAUGCUGUACAUUAAUAUGUAUUUCUACUUUUAGUAUUAUUGUUUAUAUAUUAUUAAUUUUGAGUGUUUUGAAUCUUAACAUUUAAUGUUUUAUUUGUUGAUUUUCUAUAUUGAUAUCAAGAAACACUGGGGUGUACAUUUCUUCUUUGUAUGAUUAUGCCGGAAGCUCUCUGUAGCCACUUAUUAUUAAAGCAGGGUAGGACUGUACUACUGUUCACAACCUAAUUUCUCAGAGUAUGAUUGCACUUCAACACAUUUUUUCAUUUUUUUAACAUUUGCAUCCAUAAUUCAAAUCUUUUCAUAGUAGAAACCUUUUGCGUUUCUGGAACACCAGAACUGUGACAUAAAAUUCAAUAAACCUGUAUGUGCACCUUU